GUAAUUUUCACCUCCUGAUGGAAUGGACGACUCUCUGACCAUUCUGACCACAUCUACUACUUUUUCCCCCCUAAACUGGUGUCGUUGACUGACUACCUUACUCCCUACUACCGAGACUAUCCCUCGCGGAUUAACGUUCGCCGAAAAGAAGGGCAUUCGGAAAGAACCAGGGCAACAUACCAGGACUUCUUCCCGCCCCUGACUUCCCUCCCUCGCACUUUUGACCCUGUCAACAACCUCCAUAACUCAAUCAUUCGGACGGUCGUGGGAAUUGUCGCAAACUCCCGUCCAUCUCCUCCUGCAACCUCUCUUUUUGUUCAUCCAUCACCAUGCCGAAGAAGGGAGGAAAGAAGAACAAGUCCAAGGCCCGGUCGAGCGGUGCUGCCGCCGCCGCUGCUGCCGCGAACAAGCCUACCGAGGCCCCGACCCCUGUCGUCGUCCAGGGCAAUGGCAUCUCGGAAACCCCUAUCCAGAGCGAAGGACCCGCGACAACCGUCGCCGAUACUAAGGAUGCGGUGACGGCGGAGGGUGCCUCCACCACCCAAGAUGCUGCCGACAAGGCCAAGGCCGGUGUCGAACAGGAGGGAACCACUACUGUGCCCGGAAUCGCCGCGCAGGAACCUACCGUGACGUCGGAUGCCGCGGCUGCCUCGACGUCGCUCCCCGAGCGCAUCAAGGAGCCCAGUGCGGAGGAAGUGAAGACCACCACCGCGCAGCCCACUGCCGCCGCGAGCGCCGCUGAGACCCAGCCCCAGGUCGUCCCGGGCCUCGGUGCGGACCCGCGCGACAAGGGACCGGCCCUGCAUGUGCCGGGUCUGUCCGCGACGGAGGAGAAGGCCGCCAGCGCUGCCGUCCCCAGCACAUCCGCACAGACCGUGGCCGCCGAGACGGCCGCCCCCACGGGCGCCUCCGCCGCUGCCGGCCAGCUCGACGCCAAGAAGACCGAGGCCCCUAAGCCGCAGCCCCAGCCCGUCCCGGCUACGGCCCCCAUUCCGGUUGCCACCAGCCCCACCACGGCCACCACGGCGCCGUCGGGUGCGGCCGAGCCUACGGGCAAGGCCCCUGCCAGCGUGACCCCCGCGCCUGCCGCGGCUGACUCCGGUGCGGCGACGGCUACCGCCAAGCGGUCUUCGCUGGACCAGGCCAAGGAGGAGCUGAGCCAGCAGGCCCAGGCCGCGGACGAGAAGACCCAGGCUGCUGCUACGCAGCCCACCAAGGGUAAGGCCGCCGGCGAGCCCCAAGUGGCCGCUGCGGCUGCCGGUGCGGCCACGGCGCCCCCGGCCGCGGUGGCUCCGGCCAAGGAGACCGCUGCGAAGGACCCCGCCCGCGCGGCUGCCCAGGAGGCCGCCAAGAAGGACGCGAGCAAGGAGGCGGCCAAGGAGACCGCGAAGCCGGAGACGAGCCAGACCGCCACCCAGGGCACUGCCGCCCAGGGUGCCUCCACUCAGGAGACCACCUCCGCCCCCGAGGCCACCAAAGCCCAGCCCUCCGAGCAGAUCCAGAAGCCCGAGGAGGCCAAGACCCGCGAGCCGCAAGUCGGCCAGGAGGCCGAGCAGGCCGGCCAGAAGCCCGAGGAGGGCAAGUCCCUGCAGGAUAAGGCCCAGGAGAUGGCCAAGGCCGAGGUGAACAAGGCCCAGGAGAAUGCCAAGGCCGACAAGCGCAAGAGUGGGUUCUUCGGCUGGCUCAAGCGCAAGUUCAAGUGAACGGCGCCAUGAAGUUUCCUUUUUCCUUCCUUUCCUUUGUUCGGUUUGAUUUGGGCCGAUGGAUACGCCGCGGAGCCUUUGAUGCUGAUACCCAUGUGGACGUUGGACGCUUCUACCGGAAGAUCUCACCAAAAAGAAAACUAUAAAAAAAAAAAAAAAAAAAGAA